GUCUAUGCAAUAUUAGUUAGUCACCCUCCUGCUCCCAACGAUCACCUAACACCAACACCUGUAUCAUACACAGCUGGCUUCUACAGGAUCCCUGUCAUUGGUCUGACAACACGCAUGUCUAUAUAUUCUGAUAAGAGCAUCCACCUGUCCUUUUUGCGCACUGUCCCACCAUACUCUCACCAGGCCAACGUCUGGUUUGAGAUGAUGAGAGUCUUCAACUGGAAUCACGUCAUUCUGAUAGUCAGCGACGACCACGAAGGUCGUGCUGCCCAAAAGAAGCUGGAGACCCUCUUGGAGGAGAAAGAAUCCAAGAGUAAAAAAAGGAACUAUGAAAACCUCGACCAACUUUCCUAUGACAACAAGCGAGGACCCAAGGCUGAGAAAGUGCUUCAGUUUGACCCUGGAACCAAAAAUGUGACAUCGCUGCUGCUGGAGGCCAAGGAGCUGGAGGCUCGAGUCAUCAUCCUCUCUGCCAGUGAGGAUGAUGCAGCCAUGGUGUACAGAGCAGCAGCCAUGCUCAAUAUGACAGGCUCCGGCUACGUGUGGCUGGUGGGGGAACGGGAGAUAUCGGGCAAUGCCCUGCGUUACGCCCCUGAUGGAGUGAUCGGUUUGCAGCUCAUCAACGGGAAGAACGAGUCAGCCCACAUCAGUGAUGCUGUUGCAGUGGUGGCCCAGGCUGUGCAUGACUUGUUUGAGAAGGAGAAUAUCACAGACCCACCACGGGGCUGCGUGGGCAACACCAACAUCUGGAAGACAGGACCCCUUUUCAAGAGGGUGUUGAUGUCCUCCAAGUAUUCAGAGGGUGUCACGGGCCGGGUGGAGUUCAAUGAGGAUGGGGACAGGAAGUUUGCCAACUACAGCAUCAUGAACCUGCAGAAUCGGAAACUGGUCCAAGUUGGGAUUUACAACGGCAGCAAUGUCUUGACCAAUGACCGGAAGAUUAUCUGGCCAGGGGGAGAAACAGAGAAACCUCAAGGCUAUCAGAUGUCAACCAAGUUGAAGAUCGUGACGAUCCACCAAGAGCCCUUUGUGUAUGUGAAGCCCACACAGGCAGAUGGGACCUGCAGGGAGGAAUUCACCAUCAAUGGAGAUCCUGUGAAAAAAGUCUUCUGCACUGGACCCAAUGAGACUAUCCCAGGCCGUCCCACCGUGGCACUGUGCUGCUACGGCUUCUGCAUUGACCUGCUCAUCCGGCUGGCAGGGGUGAUGAACUUCACUUACGAGGUUCACCUGGUGGCUGAUGGUAAAUUUGGUACUCAAGAGAGGGUGAACAACAGCAACAAGAAGGAGUGGAAUGGGAUGAUGGGGGAGUUGCUGAGUGGCCAAGCAGACAUGAUUGUGGCUCCCCUCACGAUCAACAACGAGCGAGCUCAGUACAUUGAGUUCUCCAAGCCCUUCAAGUACCAGGGCCUCACCAUCCUCGUGAAGAAGGAAAUCCCUCGCAGCACCUUGGACUCGUUCAUGCAGCCCUUUCAGAGCACUCUCUGGCUGCUGGUGGGGCUAUCUGUGCACGUGGUGGCAGUGAUGUUGUACCUCUUAGACCGAUUCAGCCCGUUUGGCCGGUUCAAAGUAAAUAGUGAGGAGGAGGAGGAAGAUGCCCUGACCCUCUCCUCAGCCAUGUGGUUCUCCUGGGGACCUUUGUUGUGCUGGUCUGAUCUCCUCUCUCUCCCUCCAGGUGCUCCUCGGAGUUUCUCUGCCCGUAUUCUUGGCAUGGUGUGGGCUGGCUUUGCUAUGAUCAUUGUGGCUUCAUACACUGCCAACCUGGCAGCCUUCCUGGUGUUAGACAGGCCUGAGGAGAGGAUCACAGGCAUUAACGACCCCCGGCUGCGUAACCCCUCCGAUAAGUUCAUCUACGCCACAGUGAAGCAGAGCUCCGUGGACAUCUACUUCCGACGGCAGGUGGAGCUGAGCACCAUGUACCGGCACAUGGAGAAGCACAACUACGAGAGUGCUGCUGAAGCCAUCCAGGCAGUGAGGGACAACAAGCUCCAUGCCUUCAUCUGGGACUCGGCAGUGCUGGAGUUCGAGGCCUCCCAGAAGUGUGACCUGGUGACGACGGGGGAGCUCUUCUUCCGCUCCGGCUUCGGGAUCGGGAUGCGCAAGGACAGCCCCUGGAAGCAGAACGUCUCCCUGGCCAUCCUCAAGUCCCACGAGAACGGCUUCAUGGAGGAUUUGGACAAGACUUGGGUGAGGUAUCAAGAGUGUGAUUCCCGUAGCAAUGCCCCAGCAACACUCACCUUUGAAAACAUGGCAGGUGUGUUUAUGCUGGUGGCUGGAGGUAUUGUUGCCGGGAUAUUUUUAAUAUUCAUAGAAAUAGCUUACAAAAGGCAUAAGGACGCGCGGAGGAAGCAGAUGCAGCUGGCGUUUGCGGCCGUUAAUGUGUGGAGGAAAAACCUGCAGGAGGAAACGUCAGAGCACUAG